UUGUAUUUUUCAAUUGCAGGUAAUAACUCAGUGUAUAUGAUAAUGAGUGCACCUCAUGCUCGCAGUCGAGUGAGGAAAGAUGAUGAUGAGAUUAUAAUUGAUCCCGUAUAUCAUGCUUUGUCUCGUAUAAAUGGUGAUAUAAACAGAAUGACCAAACCACAGUUACAGCAUCAUCUAAAUUCAAAUGGAUUGAAUGAAAAAGGAGUAAAAGAAGUUUUGAUGAAACGUCUGAAGAACUAUUACAAAAAGCAGAAGCUUCACAUGAAGCCAAGUUAUGUGGAAGGAAUGCAACAUUAUCCUUAUCUGGUCGUGCUCGAUUAUGAAGCCACGUGUGAGCAGCAAAACCCUCAAGAUUACCUUCACGAGAUUAUUGAGUUUCCGGCUGUAUUAAUUGAUACAACAAGCACUGAACGUGUGGAUGUUUUUCACAGUUACUGCAAACCUGCUCUCAACCCUCAAUUAUCGGAAUUCUGCACAAGUCUCACAGGAAUUCAACAAAGUGAUGUUGAUUCGGCUCCAGACUUCACCACAGUUUUUAACAACUUUGAAACCUGGAUGAAAAAACAUGAUUUGUUUGCACCAAGAAAGUGUGCGUUUGUUACUGAUGGACCUUGGGACUUUAGUCGGUUUCUAAACAUUCAAUGUUGUUUGAGUGAAAUCAAAUAUCCAAGGUGGGCAAAGAAGUGGAUUAAUCUUAAAAAGGUGUAUGGAAACUUCUAUAAGCUUAAGAAACCAAAAAUGAUGGACAUGUUGUCCAACAUCGGACUUGAGUUCGAAGGAAGACAUCAUUGUGGGAUGGAUGAUGCAACAAACUUAUCCCGGAUCGUGCAGAGGAUGUUGGAUGAUGGAGCAAUCUUCCAGUUUAAUGAAAGACUUAACUCCGGGAAACUUGAAGUGAUUUCUGAGAAAGAAAAGGCGUUGUUGUCAUCGUAUGAUGAUGCUAAUGCUGAUGUAACAGAAGCAACUGCCGUCCUCACAACCAAUUUAAAUCAUCUACAUUUGUAAUAUGUCGAAUAUGUUUGUUUCCAAGUUUUAUAGAUUUUUUGAUUAAUAAAAUAAUUGAACUUAAA